CACACACACUCUUUCUCUCUCUCUCCCUGGCUUUCGUCCUCAGCUGACACUCUGACAGAGCUGCUAUGGGACUAAGCAGACUUCACCGAAUGGACCUGGAGUAGAAUCUGCCGUAAACUGAGACGGGUCACACACACACAAACAUACACACGCACAUACAUCUACACACUUGUGGAAACAAAAAAACACAAGCAGAGCAUUUUUGCUUUCCUUGACCAUGACGGAUACUACAGCUGAGGAAGACAAGGACCCUGACAUCGAGUUGUUUGUCAAGGCUGGGAGUGAUGGGGAGAGCAUCGGAAACUGUCCGUUCUCUCAGCGCCUCUUCAUGAUCCUCUGGCUGAAGGGCGUGGUCUUCAAUGUCACCACUGUUGACCUCAAGAGGAAACCGGCUGACCUUCACAACUUGGCCCCAGGGACGCACCCGCCCUUCCUCACCUUCCAAGGGGAGGUCCUCACUGACGUCAACAAAAUCGAGGAGUACCUGGAGGCGACUCUUGCUCCACCGAAGUAUGCAAAGCUUGCAGCAAAGAAUCGUGAAUCCAACACAGCAGGAAACAACAUAUUUGCCAGGUUCUCAGCUUACGUUAAAAACACCAUGCCAGAUAAAAAUCAUGCAUUAGAACAAAGUCUGAACAAGGCAUUGGCUAAGCUGGAUGAGUAUCUGAUGAGUCCUCUACCUGAAGAGGUUCAAGCAGGACGCCACAGCGGUGAUGGAGAAUCCAACCGUAAAUACCUGGAUGGGGAUGAACUUACACUGGCUGACUGCAACCUUCUGCCUAAACUCCAUGUUGUCAAGGUGGUAACGAAGAAAUAUCGCAACUAUGACAUCCCAUCUGAAUUCAGAGGUGUGUGGCGUUAUCUUGGCAACGCCUACAGCCGAGACGAGUUCACCAACACGUGCGCAGCUGAUGUGGAAAUCGAGCUAGCCUAUCAGGAUGUAGCUAAGAGGCUUGGGAAAUGAAUCAUCACAAAACAGAGUCACUAUUGUUCCUGUCUGUCCUUUGGAAAAAUCUAAUAAAUCAUACUUCUGACACACAUUACAUACACUCUACACAAAGGAUUUGUAAUUUUAAAUACAAACAUGCUGAUUAAUCGUUUUUUUUUAAAGGUGCAGUGUUCCAUCUCCACUCUGAUGCCUCUGUAAUAACACUUUAUGAAGAGGUUGAAAAUAGUUUGUUUAUGAUGAUUAUACUGCUGUCAUUUCUCAAAAAAUAACGUGAUUUUUUUUUUUUUGAGACAAAAAGUCUAAAGUUUGCAAUUGACCGUUUGCUAAACCCCGCCCUCUAACAUUGAUUGUCCAAUCGUAAGUAAGCACAGCAGGUCUGUCAAGCUCAAUACUUGGCAUUUAAAGAGUUUGGAUGUAGGAGUUGUCAAUAUUUUCGUCUUUUCAAAACCAAAAACACAAGGGCAAAGUGUAAGGGACGGAUUAAACAGUAUAACAUAACAACACACAUUGAUUAGUCUUCAUCCUAAAAGCCUCUCUUUUAACGCUAAAAGUGAAAUCGUACAGUUUGAAGAUAUGAACAAGUAUGCAAGCUAAGCAGCCAAACAGUGUUAUGUUAGAAAUGAAAAAAGUCUGAUCUGAUCAACACUUUUUAACGUUAGUGAACAGUUAAUUAAAGAUGUCAAAAGUUAAGGGAAAGAAUAAAAAUCUGUUUUCUCCCUGAACUUUACUUUAUAGUAAGUAAGUCUUUAUAGUUUCCCAUCAUCAUUUUCUUCUACAGAUAUACUAGAAAUAAUGGGAUGCAUAAAGCAGAGUUUGAUUACCGUAUUUUACAUGCCCUCUUUUUCUUCUGUGGAUUUAUGUGUGAUUUGUAGGUUGUAUUAUCACAUUGCAGGGUCAGAUUAAUAGACAGUGUUGUUGGAAAGAAUGUGUUUCAGCCAAAGUAAUUUGCCUUGUCAGCUUUGUAGACGAGAGAUGUGCUUUCUCCCUCCUUUUUCUUAUCGAGGUAAUAAACAUUUUGUUUUGACCCGUUAAAUUUGGGAUAUGAUCUGCUUGAACUGCAUACUGGAGAUUUACCUUCCCUUUUAAAAUACAGUCUCCUUACUUUUUUAGUCUCACACCACAGUUUACAACUCAGUCUUCACUUUCAUAUACAAUACUGUCAAUUCUUUCCUGAAAAGGUCACAGUCUCACAGAUUAAAACUAUACAAUUAAUCACAUAAAUCAGCUUGUAAUGAACAAAAAAAGCACUAAAAUGAAGUUUACCCCUGCUGCUGUGAUUUAGUACACAUUGAUGGUAGUGAAGUCAUUUUAAUCAUGGGUGCCUUAGUGGGAAUCAAGCUCUCCUUCGCCUUCAGCUCUUUACGUCUGUACAGUAAAUUAUAUGUUUGAAUAUAAUAUGAAUAUGAAUUAUUGAUGUCAUCAAAGGAUUUCUACUGCCGCAUAGAGCUGUGUGAUAAUAAUAUAAACUUAAUAUGUCUGUAAAUGACUGUCGCUCAACUACACAUUCUUUCUGAUGAUUAGAACCAUGAAAGCAUUGUGUAUAUGUCGCUUAUUUGAAUAAUAAAUCUAUUUUCUCAGAGACUGA